AGCAAAGCAGCUGGUCCUUUCCCAUUGCCCUGUAAAUUGUCUUCGUCUCCUACCUUCCAUCUCACCCGCUCUCUUCGGAAAACCCCCGACCAAAGAUUAAUCAAAGAAGCUUUUUCCCUCUAAUUCGUUCCCUCGAAUCCAAUCAAGCCGGAGCAAAUCUCCAAGCUUUAUGAUCUCCAAUUUUUGAAGAGGGCUGGGGAUGGCUUGUAAAGAAGAUACUAAUUCAUCUGCACAAGAGUCAUUAACCAAGGAAGAGAGUGAAUUGGAAUCUCAUCGGUUUCAGGUAGAUAGUUUAGAAGCUGAGCUUUUGAAUGUCAAGGCUUACCUUGAGUUUGGUUCAGAAGAAGAUGCCAGGAAGGAGUUAGUGGAUCUUUCGGGUAGGGUGAGAGAAACUGCAACUAUUUUGCGCUAUUUGAGAUCAAAAGCUAGAAUCUUGGCCAUUCCUAGUCUAGCUCAUGUGGAACAGAUGGGACUGAAAGGAUUAGACCUUGUUGAGAAAGAUGGUGAUUCAUCAUCUUCUGAAGAUGCAGCUAGAAGGCACCGGGAUGGUUCCUCUGGUGUAGAGGAUGGAGCGUAUACUAGUGAGAUGCUCCAGUCCAUAGAGAUGGUUACUGAUGUGUUGGAAUCUCUCGUUAGGAGAGUUACAGCAGCAGAAUCUGAGACGGCUGUUCAAAAGGAGAUGGUGCUUUUGGGAGAGGAAGAGCUUAGUAGGAAGACAGUCCAGAUCGAGAAUCUGUCGUCCAAGUUACAAGAGAUGGAGCGGUUUGCUCACGGGACUAAUAGUGUCCUGAACGAGAUGCGGGAGAGGAUUGAGGAGCUUGUUGAAGAGACGAUGAGACAGAGGGAAAAAGCUGUUGAGAAUGAAGAGGAGCUUUGUCGUGUGAAGAGAGAGUUCGAGUCUCUUAAAAGCUAUGUCAGUACUUUUACCAAUGUCAGAGAAACGCUUCUUUCGUCUGAGAGACAAUUCAAAACCAUCGAAGAGCUCUUUGAACGGUUGGUGACAAAGACGACGCAAUUAGAGGGAGAGAAGGCGCAGAAAGAGGUUGAAGUUCAGAAACUGAUGGAGGAGAAUGUGAAAUUGACGGCACUUCUUGACAAGAAAGAGGCUCAGCUUCUAGCUUUGAAUGAACAAUGCAAAGUUAUGGCUUUAAGUGCAUCAAACAUCUGAAAUUUGCUUCUAUUUUUGUUUUUGUUUUUGUUUUGGCUCAUCUCUUGUUGGUGUCAUCUUUCUCAUCGUGAGACAAUGUUUUCACAGACAUUUAUAUCACCAUUAUGACUUUCAAGCUUUCACCA